AUAUAUAUGUCUAAGACUCGGAGCUUGAGUUUAAGAUCCGCGAACAUCUCAUCUCAUUCACUUCGAUCCGAGCCGUCAAGACGUCAAGACAUUAUGAAGUACUACGCCUUAUUUGUUCUUAUCGGAUUCGUCGGAUUCUCUGUGUCCGAAGUUAUUCAAUUCCGAAAUUGCGAAUAUCCUGAAGGGACUAAGUUGAACUGCACAGUCCAUGAAGUUAGAGUGAACCCUUGUGCUGAAGCUAGUCAGGAAAAGCCAUGUCGUUUACAGAGGGGAGAAGAUGCUAGUAUUGCGUUUGAUUACACUGCAAACUUUGAAGGCAACACUUUGGAAAGUCGCGCUUACUGGACUAAUCAGGUGAUCGAUCUUCCCUUUGUCGGGAUGGAAACGGACGCCUGCGCGAAAACAGUUUGUCCCGUUCAACCAGGACAAAAGCAAACUUAUGACAUUGCUAUUCCCAUCAUGAAAGCAUACCCCGCUAGAACCUAUGACGUUAAAUGGAGGAUGUGGAAUACUCAAAACCAGGAGUGCUGCUUUAUCUUCGGAAUAAAACUGCUAAAAUAA